AUGCACCGACAUGGUCUUCUUAGACACGCAAUCGACAUCUUAUCCUCCUCUAUCAAGGUCUCAAUCCACCGCCGCUCUUACAAACGCUUCAUGAACGUCAUAAAUCCCAACGAAGUCCGCGACUAUGUCGCCAUCGCUGACCAUGGCUUGAUUGGGAAUCUUCGAACAGCUGCUCUGGUCAGUUUGGAUGGGUCCAUCGAGAGCUAUUGCGUCCCGAACUUCGAUUCGCCAUCGGUCUUUGCACGUAUUCUCGACAAAUACAAGGGCGGGCACUUCUCCAUCUCGCCAACUGUACCAUUCACCACAAAGCAGAACUAUCUCCCGAGUUCCAAUGUCCUUCAAACCAAGUACCUGAACGAUUCAGGUGUGGUCAGUGUGACCGACUUCCUCCCCCGCCCUCGUCGCGAGAAUCCCAACGGCCUCGGGCGCUCGAAACCUCUCCUCCCAUGGCUCGUUCGACGUGUCGAGUGCAUCCGCGGCACCCUCCCUGUCCUCAUGCAAUGUGCCCCAGCAUUCAACUACGCCCGCUCUACGCACAUCACCUCCAUUAUCGACGACGACAGUGUGCCCGUCGAGCAGGAGGAGCCGGCUCAGAAGAAAGCGUUAUUCGAGUCCGACAGCCUCGCCCUCGACCUACGGUACGUGACAGAGUGCACGUUGCCAGGGGAUAGCGGCCCUGUGCCCCAUGUGGAGCUGGAGUUUUUAGAUUUAUCGGAGCGAGGGCAUAAGGGGCUCGCAGUCCAGAGUUUGAUUACGCUGCACGAGGGGCAGUGUGUCACGUUUAUUUUGAGGACACCGCCGACGCAGUGGAAGAAAGGUCCGGAGGAAGAAGAGGCAGAAACGACCGUGAAGCAGAGCGCGGCGCAAAAGCUCAGCCUCGCCACGAAGGGCAGGCCAUCUGAGGACCCAUUCAUAACCCCAGAGCUUGUGGCUUCUCUACUCUACAAUACAAACAGGUACUGGUACGAAUGGAUCAGCAAGUCGACGUACAGAGGAUCUUGGAAAGAGGCCGUGCAUCGCAGUGCCCUUGCUCUAAAGCUGCUUAUUUACGAGCCCACAGGUGCCGUUGUCGCGAGCCCCACUUUCAGUCUUCCGGAAUACAUAGGCGGCGUGCGAAACUGGGACUAUCGCGCAUCCUGGAUCCGCGAUUCGUCGUUUACGCUCUACGCACUCCUUAGGCUAGGCUUCACGGAAGAGGCCAACAGUUACAUGGAAUUCAUCUUUGAGCGCUUGAGACACAAGAACCCCGACGGCAGCUUGCAGAUCAUGUACACCAUCAACGGUGGUAAGGACCUUGAAGAAAUUGAGCUCGACCACCUCGACGGCCACAAGGGCUCGAAGCCGGUGCGUAUUGGCAAUGGCGCUGCGAACCAUAUCCAAUUGGAUAUCUAUGGCGAAUUGAUGGAUUGUAUCUACCUCGGUCAGAAGUUCGGAAAACCUCUAGCCUAUGAUGAUUGGGUUCUUGUCAGAGAGCUAGUUGAUUUUGUUGUGGCGCAUCGAAGUGACCCCGACUUGUCCAUCUGGGAGGUUCGUGACGGAAUGCGUCACUUCACGUAUUCGAAAGUGAUGCUCUGGGUUGCCAUCGACCGUGGGCUCCGUCUUGCCGACAAGCGCUCACUCCCGUGCCCCAACCGUAACAAGUGGCUGGAGGCGCGAGACGAGUUGUACGAGGAGAUCAUGAACAAGGCAUGGAACAAGGAGGGCAAGUACUUCGGGCAGAGCUACGAAGACACAGACGUCAUCGACGCCGCGGUCCUCAUCAUGCCGUUGGUGUUCUUCAUGCAAGCUUCGGACCCGAGAUUCGUUAACACACUCAAACAAAUUAUGAAGACGCCUGAUAAGGGCGGACUUACUUCGAACAGCCUUGUUUAUAGGUAUAACACCCAGAAAUCGACCGAUGGUGUCGGUGGGGAAGAGGGCACUUUCUGCCUGUGCACUCUUUGGUGUAUAGAGGCUUUGACUCGGGCUGGCGCGACUGACAGGACUCUCCUUCCCAAAGCCGUCACCAUGUUUGAGGACUUCCUGAUGUAUCUCAACCACGUUGGACUUUGCACGGAGGAAAUUUCGGAUGCUGGAGAAGCACUGGGAAAUGCUGUACAAGGAUUCACACACGUCACCCUCAUCUCAGCUGCGUAUAACCUUUCUAGAACCUUAGACAAGCACAUGGAGUGA